GCCACUGUCAAACGAGACCUCACUGUGUUCACACGGCCGGCCAUAACACAUAAAAAUCAUCUGUUCCGUGCCGAAAUAUAGGAAAUAAUCGUGUAAACGAGGAUAAUGACGCGAGUAGGUGGGGCCGUGCCGAAGACGCCCCUCUAGCUUUUUUUUUCUCGACGUCUGGGCGGCGCGAAGAGAACGCCUCACGUCCCACGCGCCUAACGCACCGACAUGCGCGACUGAUCACGCUCGCUAUACAAACCGACGGCAACGCGCCGACGGUACACCGACUAAAACGUAAACAAACAAUCAAAUGCGAAUAAAAAACACGCGACAAACCUACACCAAAUACAAGAAACGGCGCGAAAACCGCUAGUUGAACUCAGAAAAAAAACACGAUCGCCAUUUAAAUUGGUCUAAAAAGAACGUUCUAAAUUCAAGUUUGGCGCGAACAAUAACAUUUGGACUGGCCCCCAAAAUUGUUUUGACGUUCAGUGACAGAAACCAGUGCGUUGUGUCAAUUUUCGCGGUAAAAGUGACAAGUUGAAACGAUGAGCCCGCGAAAAGAGGACCUAGUGUUGCCAACAUGAAAGAGCUGCGUGUUUUAAUUGGAAAUAACAGAAUGCAAAGGACAGUUCAUGCGGCAAUACUUUUCUUAUUAAUAUUUUUGUUGAAUAUUGCGAGUUCCCGAGACAACAUGCUGCCUUACCACGUAAAACUCAGUUCAUCUCUAACCUGUCGCCUCGUGGGAGGUCUCACCAGGGAACAGAGAUCAGUCUGCCACGAGUCACCAGAUACCGUGGCCAUAGCCUUCGAAGGUCUGCAGCUGGCCGUCAAGGAGUGCCAGCAUCAGUUCCGCUGGCAUAGAUGGAACUGUUCCAGUCUACUUGUGAAGAGUAGCAACCCUCAUGCCAGUUCUAUUAUGAAAAGAGGUUUCCGCGAAUCAUCAUUCCUGUACGCCCUCACGGCAGCAGGGGUUGCGCACUCCGUGGCCCGCGCAUGCGCGCAAGGCCGUCUCCUCUCCUGUGGCUGCGACCCCCUGGGGUACCGGGCCUCGCAUGACCCCCGAGGAAGGGCGAAGGUCAACAAGUGGGAGUGGAGCGGCUGUUCACAUAACCUGGCUUACGGGAUCGAGUUCUCAAAGAAGUUUCUUGAUGUAAGGGAGCAAGUGGAUGAUUUGCAGUCGAAGAUUAAUGUGCAUAACAAUAAUGCUGGGAGAUCGAUCCUGUCGUCCCACAUGGAAGUAAGGUGCAAAUGCCAUGGGUUAUCAGGCAGCUGUCAACUGAGGACCUGCUGGAGAGCCACGCCGGACUUCAGAGCUGUGGCGUCUACCAUCAAACGACAGUAUAGAAAGGCUCUAUUGGUUGCUCAAGAGGAGCUGAAUAACAGCCCCUCUGUUCUGAGAGGCCGACCCAGAGGCAGGAGGCGAGGGAAAGCGCGACCAGCUCCGAGGAGUAGCCUACUGUUCUUCGAGAGAUCGCCAAGUUUCUGCGAGAUAGACCCUCGAACAGACUCCGCCGGCACAUCAGGCCGUGUCUGUCGCAUCGGUCGGACGACACGGACGGGUUCAUGCGACCUCCUCUGCUGCGGUCGAGGCCACGCCCUCAUCAGGAAGUCCAGCAUUAAGCCUUGCAACUGCACCUUCCAUUGGUGCUGUCGGGUCGACUGCGAGAGAUGCCGUGAUGAUAAGUGGGUCGCCAUUUGUAAGUAAUUUUGGGAACCUUAGUAAUGCGGUAGUGUAAGUUAGGUUCAGCGGCGACAGUCUUUCUACCAUUAUAAACUAUAGUAGAAGCAUGUAGAGAAGCCUACUCAGUUGAUAUUUUAGGUUUUGUGCUGCAGAUAGCAUCGUUACAGAAAUAUGUAGCUAUCAAAUCCAUGACACAAUAAUAUGAUCCACAACUAAUAUGGUCU